AUGUCACUUUAUCUUUCAGCCUCAACCAUCGAUUCUCAGAAUGAACUCGACAGAUCCUUAAACUUGCCUCUCCGUUACCGUGGACGACAUGGUACGAUUCUUCACAUUCCAUUCAUUCCGUUCAUUUUUCUUUCCGUCAUUGUGUUUUCUUUUUUAUUCUUUAUAUCUUUCUUCGAUAGAUUUCUUUCCUUCAUUCUCCCUUUUAUUCAUAUUUCCUUACUUUAUUCUUCGUUGUUUUAUUUUCUAUUUCAUUUUUAUUUUGUCUUUCAUUUUUUGCUUCUUUUUUCAUUUACUCUCUCUGUUCUUUCUUUCUUUCUUUCCCCCCUUCAUUUUUUUUUCUUUCUUAAGCGAUUUUCUUUCAAUCUUUUCUCAUUUUACCUUCUUUCCAUUUCUUCUUUCCUUGCUCCUUUAUUUUUCAACUUGAUAUCUCUCGUUUUCAUUCUUCUUUUUGUUUAUUCUAAUUUACUUCCAUUUUUCUUUUCACUCAUUCUUUUUCGCCUCAUCGUUUUUAUUCUCAUUUUUCAUUAUUCUUUCGCUUCAUUCCUUCUUAAUUUCCUUCUUUUUGUUGCUUCUUCCGUAUUUUGUUUCUUUCUUUAUAAAUUAAUUUAUUCUUAUUUUCUUGGUUCACUUUUUAGUAUAUUUCCGAUUUCAUUAAUUCUUCUUCUAUUUUCCUUCAUUCUUUAUUUCUUCCUUUCUUUCUCGUGUCCGUCCUCACAUUUUUUUUUAAUUAUGGUGCUUCUGAACCCUCUUCAAAUAUUUUCUUCGUUUUUCCUUGCUUCCUUCAUUUUCUACAAUCUUUCUUUCUUUCUUUCUUUCUUUCUUUCUUUCUUUCUUUCUUUCUACAAGAAGACAAUUACGUCCUAUCACUAUCUCGCAGUUAAUACAUUAUGA